AUGAGAGAACUAAAUAAUAUUCAAAAUCUGAUUUAUAAUUUUGAUUUGGCUAACAUGUGUAGUGGUGUAAAAAUACCUGAAGAAGACAGAAAGUACUUAACAAAGACAACUUACAAAGAUACAUCGGAUAGUUUCAGACACAUUAAUUGCUCAUUAAUUUUAAAUACAACAGUAUCAAAUCCAAUUGAUCUUAAGGCAAUAAACAAAAAUAAAAAACCAGAAAAUUGUAAAUUUGUAAAAAAAUUGAAUUUGAUAAAAGAAAAAAAUCUAGAUCACCAAGGUUUAAACGAAUACACAUCCAAGUUACUCCUAGCAAAAAGUUAA